UUUCUUCGCUCACCUGUGACUCCUGCAGAUCAUGGACUACAAGCAACAAGUAAUACACAACACCGGUGGACAGAGCCACCUUCAGCUGAGCCUGGUGAACCUUGAAAUAAAAGAAAACAGCAUUUCCCAUGAGACCCAGGGGCUAAGUGAAACUCACCUGGUGGUACGACGAGGAAAACCGUUUAAAGUAACUCUGCUGUUUGGCGGACGGGCAUGGAAACCCCACACUGAGAGGCUGGUGCUGCUGGUCCGCUUAGGCAGACUAGCACAGAGGAUCCCAGUUGUGUUCUCAGAGGAAUGGUCAAACCUCCACAGAUGGUCAGCCACAGUUCAUCCCAGAGACAGACACGCUCUUUCGGUCAGCAUCAACAUCUGCUCCCCGGUUUUAUCUUCAGUGGGUGUCUAUCAGCUCCUGGUAGAAAUAGAGACAAUCCGGCACAAACACACCUACGUAGCGGGGACAUUUGCGCUGCUCUGCAACCCUUGGCUGAGAGAGGAUCCAGUUUACAUGCCGGACGAUCCGCUGAUAGAGGAGUACGUAAAGAGUGAUUGUGGGUUGGUGUAUUGUGGCACUUCAGCAAAUGUUCAACGUCGGCCCUGGUCGUUUGGUCAGUAUGAGCCUGGCGUCCUGGAAGCGUGUCUGGCGCUACUGCAAGUCAGCCUACAGCACCAACAAAACAGCCACAGUGACUACAUCUCACGAGCAGACCCGGUUUACCUCUCUUUGGUCCUCUGUGGCAUGGUGAACAGCAAUGAUGAUUUAGGAAUUCUGGCUGGAAAGUGGCAGGGUGACUACCGUGACGGUGUAAAGCCAACAGAUUGGACCGGCAGUGCUGAAAUCCUCAAUCGGUGGCUCUCGUCUAAAUUCAAGCCUGUGCUCUAUGGGCAGUGCUGGGUCUUUGCAUCGGUCCUCUGCACAGUUAUGAGAGUUCUGGGGAUUCCCUCCAGGGUGGUGACAGUUUUUAAUGCAGCCCAUGACACUGAUCACAACACCACCAUUGAAGAGUACUACACAACCACCGGGGAGAAACUUAACUUGUCCAAUGACAGCAUUUGGAACUUCCACGUGUGGGUGGAGUGCUGGAUGAGGAGACCAGACCUCAGUCCAGGGUUUGAUGGCUGGCAGGUGGUUGACCCCACACCCCAAGAGACGAGUGGAGGAUUAUUCCGCUGCGGCCCGUGUCCUGUUGCCGCCAUCAAACAACGUUGCCUCUCUGUGCUAUAUGACACCCCGUUCCUCUACGCCUCUGUUGAUGGAGAUGUUCGUCGUCUGAUUGUGCACAAUGGCCAAGUCGUCGGACAAACAGUGGACUCCGAGACCGUGGGUCAGCUUAUAUGCACCAAAAGCAUCGGAUCGGACAGUCCAUGCAAUCUGACAAAAACUUACAAGGGCUUGAAAAGAGAGCAGUGGCACGACCCAAGAGAAAGAAUGGUAUCCAUGACCUUCUCCUCGCGUUCUGCAGAUGUUGGAGCAAAGUCACCCAGUUUGGAGGUGUCCCUAAGCACGGAGGGGUUGCCCGUACUAGGCCAAAGCAUCUGCUUGUGUGUGAAAGUCACAAACCGAUCAAACCACCAGCGAGUCCUGAAGGAAAAUAUCAACGCUCAGAUGAAAGAGUAUAACAACAACCCAGAGAUGACGUUCUGGACAGAACACAACGAAGUUCACAUCCAGCCUAAUAAGGAAUUGACGCUCCACCACACCAUCGCGUAUUCUGACUAUGCGCUCAUCUUGGGGAAUGACAGUGUUGUUAAUGCAGCGGUGGUAAUACAGGACUCAGUGACCAAUGAAAGCAUCCUGUCUGCACAAGAAUUUACCAUGGGCUGUGUACCAAUAACGAUGGAGAUUGAAGGAGGAGACAGUGUCCAGUUAAAGAAAGAGAAGAUGGUUUAUGUGACCUUCACCAACAGCCUUGACAAACCGAUGCGUGGCGCCGUCCUGAGUGUGGAGGGAUCGGGUUUGUUACAGGGAAAAAAGGAGGCCAGGGUGGGUCUCCUUCAGCCAGGCGAGAAGAUAGAGCAGAAGGUGUCCAUCAAGGCGACUUCACAUGGAACCAAACUGCUGGUGGCUACUUUGUCACACAGCAACAACUCCAUCACCUUUUCCAGGAGCUACCACAAAGUGUCUGUUAUGUGACAACAAAGAGAGUUAUAAAAACUAUUUUAUUUCAUUAUUGUCACAAUUUAAUGCUGUAAAUUGAUUUAUGUUACAACAAACUAACCUUAAACUAAAUUGCAAUUGUCCUAACUUGCAGUUUUAAAUAGAAUAGUGCAUUUAUGAAAUAUCAAAUCGCUUGUGUAGCUUAGCAGGCCGACUCCAGAAAGAG